AUGAGGUGCGAUCAAAAGGAACAACGCAGAUUUUUUAUCAACACAUCUAUUUUAGAUGACCAGUCAUUAGUAAUUCUGGGGCGCAGUGCUAUUCCAUCAUGCACUUCUGUCCAUUUCUCUGUACUUCAUGCCUUACUUUUUUCUAGCCCUUACCUUUUCGCUUGUUUAUUUCUCUCCCUUCCUGUUGCUCCCCUUUUUUCGCCAAGCUGUCUGCCAUUGCUAUUCUCACCAGUCCUUUCAUCAUCAAUACUUGCAUUUUAUGGGAUAUCUUUCUCCUCUUUACGAGUGCAUUACUGUCCUGCUUGGGCUAGCUUUUUGGAAGUGCAAUUAUAUCCCGUAGAAAGAUUCACAUUUUGUGUAUUCUACAUGCUGGAUUUUAGCAUGUUUGACUGUUGUAAUGUGGCUCAGGAAUCGCUCUCAGACGUACGGCUGUCUCUGAUUCAUUCACAUCAGUUCAAUAAGCGGAUGAACGUCUCAUUACUGCAUGAUACCCUAGUGUGUUCAAAAUCUUCUCUGUGGGUAGAUCUCAGUUGCAUGUUUUUUGAUCAUUUACUGGUAUCCAAAACCUUUUAUGUGGAACUUUUAAGCAAAGAAGCGUUUGCCAUUCCUUGUGGCUGGUUACAUGAACUUAUGUUUCUCAAACAUGUUACUGAAUUGUUGGUCAAAAUUUGCACCUCGUCUGUGAAUUGCCACUUAUUAUGCCUUGCUAGGCUCUUUGUGAAAAUACCAACAAAAUGCAAAUGUAAAUGGUGUUUUCAUCCAACAGAAAAGAGAACAAAAUCAAUGUUAAACAAUUUCUUCUGUGAGCAGCAUCAUGCAAUUAAACUGGGCGCAGAAGAGGAAUGGACUACUUCAUGUCGAAAAAAUGGUAUUAAUACCGUUCCCCCAAAAACAACAGACAAUGUUUGGUGCACUUUUAGGUGCUUGUUGGGAUCUCCAUAUUUACAUCGAUUCAGAAAAAUUUUAGUCUACUUACUGGUUACCAAUGAAAACCCAGUGUCCAUAAAGUGA